CCGUGCGAAGCGGAGCCGCUAGACAGACGCACACAGCGGAGUUCGGUGCGUCUCAGGCAGCAGUUAGCAAACCCCGCAGGAAGGCCAGUGCGGGAAGAUGGCGACGGAAAAACAAAAACAUGAAGGAAGAGUUAAAAUUGGACAUUACAUUCUCGGGGAUACACUUGGAGUGGGGACGUUUGGAAAGGUUAAAGUGGGCCAACAUGAGCUUACCAGACACCAAGUGGCGGUGAAGAUCUUGAACAGGCAGAAGAUCCGCAGCUUGGAUGUGGUGGGAAAGAUUCGCAGAGAGAUCCAGAACCUCAAGCUUUUCAGACACCCCCACAUAAUUAAACUGUAUCAGGUUAUUAGCACCCCCACAGAUAUCUUCAUGGUAAUGGAAUAUGUCUCAGGUGGUGAGCUUUUCGACUACAUCUGCAAAAAUGGAAAGUUGGAUGAAAAGGAGAGUCGUCGACUGUUUCAGCAGAUUAUUUCAGCGGUAGACUAUUGCCACAGGCACAUGGUGGUACACCGAGACCUCAAGCCUGAAAAUGUCCUGCUCGAUGCGCACAUGAAUGCCAAGAUUGCAGAUUUUGGUUUGUCAAACAUGAUGUCAGAUGGAGAGUUUCUGAGAACAAGUUGUGGUUCUCCAAAUUAUGCUGCUCCUGAGGUCAUUUCAGGAAGAUUAUAUGCUGGUCCAGAGGUGGAUAUAUGGAGUAGUGGUGUCAUUCUCUAUGCCUUAUUGUGUGGGACACUCCCCUUCGAUGACGAUCAUGUGCCAACACUCUUUAAAAAGAUCUGUGAUGGGAUCUUUUUCACCCCGCAGUAUCUGAAUCCUUCAGUAAUAAGCCUCCUCAAACACAUGCUGCAAGUGGACCCAAUGAAAAGAGCCACCAUCAAAGAGAUCCGAGAAGAUGAGUGGUUCAAACAAGACCUACCCAAGUACUUGUUUCCCGAAGACCCCUCCUAUAGCAACAACAUGAUUGAUGAUGAGGCCCUGAAAGAGGUAUGUGAGAAGUUUGAGUGCACAGAAGAGGAGGUUUUGACCUGCAUAUAUAGCCGCAAUCAUCAAGAUCCAUUAGCCGUCGCCUACCAUCUCAUCAUUGACAAUCGUCGCAUCAUGAGCGAAGCCAAGGACUUCUACCUGGCGUCCAGCCCUCCCGACUCUUUUCUAGACGACCAGCACCUGACUUCAUCUGGUGGAGCUGUGGCCGGUAUUAUCAAGCCCCACCCCGAGCGUGUACCCUUUCUCGUGGCGGAGACUCCUCCUCGGCCUCGCCACACACUGGAUGAACUAAACCCCCAGAAGUCCAAGCACCAGGGUGUGAGAAGAGCCAAGUGGCACCUGGGUAUCCGCAGUCAGAGCAGACCCAAUGAUAUCAUGUCAGAAGUGUGUCGUGCCAUGAAACAGCUUGGUUAUGAGUGGAAGGUUGUGAAUCCAUAUUAUCUACGUGUAAGAAGGAAGAAUCCCAUCACUGGGAUGCAAACCAAGAUGAGCCUUCAACUCUACCAGGUGGACAGUAGAACCUACCUCCUUGACUUCCGUAGCAUAGACGAUGAUAUGUUGGAGACAAAAUCUGGAACUGCUACCCCUCUCCGCUCUGGAUCUGUGGGCAACUACCGUACCACUAUUAAGAACGAUGUAGAUGGAGCAGAUUCAGCCACGUCUAGCACUGUGCAGCCCACCAAGACCGCUGAAGGCUCUUUAGCUUCAUCCUUGACCUCAUCCAUCGACUCAACGGGAGGGGUGGACAGCCUGUCUGUCCCUCGACCUGGAAGCCACACCAUCGAGUUCUUUGAGAUGUGCGCAAAUCUUAUUAAACUACUUGCACGAUAGCUUGCAAAACAAUCAUAGCUAGCCUUUUCUCCUCUCUGAGUGUCUUUAUAGCAAUAAACAUGCAACCGAUUCAUGGCUCAGUUCAUCCUGGCUGAGGAUGAAGUGAUUGUUCCAUGGCACUGAUGCAGGUUGGUGUUCCCUAAGCUGAAGGGAUGUAUACUGAGCUGACUGGGUUUGGAAGGGUUAUAGGGAAAGAAGAAUGGCAAGCUACAUAACUAGCUAGGACAGAACAACAUUUAGGAAGGGGUCUUACAGUUUCCUGAUCAAUUUAAUGUCCAUAUCCCACCUAUUAGCACAUGCGGAAGUGAUUACACUGAACGUUCUGUACUGCAGCCAGUGAGCCUGCUAUUCCGUACAGAGAAAAACAUCACGUUUAUACCUGCAGAGAAGGAAGCCACAGGUUGUGUUUCACAAUCAAAUGGCAGUCAUGGAAUGCAGGAAGCACUUUUGCACAAAUUUCUUUUAUUUCCUGCUGCUUAUCUUUUUCUCUCAGUGGGUAUCAGAAAAGUGGUGCAGGUGUACUGGGGUGCUGCAUUGGCCUGUGCCCAUCACAUUUAAUGGACUCUAAAGGAGUACAGUGACCCCUGUAUUCCUGCCAUGUGUCAGGGACUAAAGAAUACUUCAUUAGAUUUAUGUUUGGUUUUCCGUUUUGUUAAUCUCAUGACAAAAGUCUAAAUGUACAUGGUUUUGUCCUUAUUGUAACUUGUUUGAAUUUGUCUGUCCCCUACAUUUUAUAUAUAUAUAAAGACAUGGCUAUAUUUAUCAAUGCAUUAAGUGGACAGAGUGUUGGUUCUAACAGAAUUCAAUUCUCUUUUUUUUUUCUUUUUUUGCAUUAAGCUGUAUUGCUGGAUGGUAUAUAUUCCUUUCUUUUUUAAACUGUUUUAAGCCAAUGUCACAGUUUUGUUUCCAUCAAUCACAAUUAUUCUGAUACUUGAUUGUUUUUCAAAUAACUAUAGCCUGCUUUUACCAUUUAAGAAUUUUGUCACGAUAGUCAAAAUGUUAAAAUAUCAUUUUCAGUGUCUGUUUUUUUUAUAUUAUUAUUAAUGAAUAGGAUUCAAGUAUGAUUACUGAGUGAAAUGCCUUUCGCCUACAUUCAUUUCAUAAAUGCCAAUCCAUCAUGUGUAGAGGCCUCUGCGGUCCAAUUUGAAAAUGAGCAGUAGCAGUUAUAUGCAGUGCAUUGACAGUGUUUGUUGGAAGGUAGAUACACCCAUAAUAUAGUCACCUCUGGGUCUGUUUCUUCUUUUUUUUUUUUUUGAUUGCUUACACAUUUGAAGGUGACCUUAAUCGAAGCUUUACAUAUGUUUAAACCUGAACCAGACUUGUAUACAUGGAAUUAUCGGGUACUGUAAAUGUUGACAGAAAAAAAAGAAAAGCAAAAACAUUAAGAUCCUAAAUGAGCGGCAGAUUUAUAUUGUUUAAUGUGUCAUUCCAUUUCCUGUCCACAGUCUUAAACUUUUAAGUGGAGUCUUUCCGGCUGCCUUACCAUUAUCAGUACUGUUCAUCAGUUUUAAUGUCAGUAGAAGUUUGAAUUUAGUCCUGGUUAUUGGCAUCUAUUGUAAUUUUAAGGUUUGAAAUCCACAAUUUAUAUUGUCAGUGUUCACUCGGAAGUACUGUUAAACAUAAACUGAUUUCUCAAAGCAUUUGGCAUUAAAGGGAAAAGAGGGAAAAUCGUGAAUGCAAAAAUUUGACAUCUGAACAUAUUGUGUCCAAACUACUGAAAACAUCAGUAACUGCUAUCAUCAUUAAAAAUGGCAAUAGGAAUACCAAAGCAAAGUUACAGUAUAAAUUAAACUGGAUUCUCAUUUUGUUAUACUCAUUUAUUUGGAACAUUCUUACCGAAAGUCAAACACCUGAGGUUUUUUUUCUUUUGUGUGUGUGCCUGUUAGAUGUUAAAAUGUGUUUUCCAGUGUUAAGCUCUUCACAGCUUUAAAAUUGAAUAAGAUUUAAUUUAUAAACAAUUUACAUUUAGGAGGUAUAACUACAAAAACUGUUCAGUGACAAUAAUUGUGAUCAUGUUUCUCUUUUCCUGCACAACUGGUUUGAACUGAAAUAUUUAGUUGAUAUUUGACCUUUAUGUCUCAGUUUUAAACUGCAGUGAACAAAAUGGUCUUGGAGAGAUAUUGUAAAAUUUUACAUUUAUAUUCAUUAUAAAGGGCAGUUGCAAGUAUUGAUAACCAAAACUUGUCAUUGCUUAUAUGAUGGGUUUUGUAGGAAAGACGAAUGUGUGCAAAAACAUUUACUUUUUGCCAGCUGAUAAGUGUCUUGGAAGACUGUUCAGUGUGAUGACUGAACUGCUUCAAAGAAAUGUUUUAUUUUUGUUUGGUGUUAAAGGGGACCCUACCAAGAUGAUCACUGUAAAUCUGAAUGCAUAGUGUUGAAUCAUUUGUAUACACAACUGCCUAAUAAACUGCUAAAUUGCA